AUGUUAGCGACGGCUUUUCCCUGUCGAUCCCUUUCAUCUCUAUUUCUUCGUCGUAGAGUGUCAUGUUCAUUAUGGAAUAAUUCAGCUAUUCGCACGACUUACUCAAAUGAAUUUACUAAAAAUGAAUUAUUACGACAGUAUAAUGAUAAGCAAGCGUCAACCUAUUUUGAUCAAUUUCGUUAUCUUCGUCAUUUAAAGGACGCACCGACAGCACCAUUAGCAUUCGGUUUGCUUGGCCUAGUUCCUUUUGCUGCAGUUCCCAUGUAUAUGUAUUCCACAGGAAUAUAUUCACCUGAUUUAGCAUUUACUCAAUUAGCUUAUUCAGCUUCGAUUCUUUCAUUCAUCGGAGGUAUUCGAUGGGGAACGCUUUUACGAGAAUCCAAUGAUUGGAAACAGUAUACAUACUCUAUUCUUCCAUCUGUUGCUGCUUGGUUAGCAUUACUUGUGCCUGGUCGAUGGUCGAUUCUGUGGGCAUUAUCAUCACUUCAAGGUUUCGGUUUUUAUGAUGUUACACAACCAGGCUAUCCUCUAUGGUUUAAAGGUCUACGGGUCCUUCUAACAGCUGUUUCAUCGUUAACUUUAUUUGCAACGUUGACACUUAGUUUUAUCCUACCCAAAAAAGAAGCAAUAACAAAAAACACUCAACGAACCAUGUAG